AUGCGUUUCCAACAUCUCACUCGUUUUCUCCGCCUCCUCACCACCACACCUUUCAUCACUCCACGAUCCAUUACCAGAAUACCUUUUCCAAUUUCAAGAACCACAGCCCUCAAAGCUGCGCCCACCAUUCCAUUCCUAAGCUCAUUCUUCAGCUCAAGUGCCAAAGCUGAGGAGUCCAACAUGUCCCACCCCGACCAGCGAAGUGAGGCGGAAUGGCGGGCAGUCCUGUCUCCAGAACAAUUUCGCGUCCUGCGCGAAAAAGGCACUGAGCCCCCUUACACAGGCGAAUAUGACUCCCAGUACCCGUCCAAGGGCAUCUACGCCUGCGCCGGCUGCAAUGCCCCGCUCUACAAGGCCUCGCAUAAAUUCAAGUCCGGGUGCGGCUGGCCUGCGUACUUUGACUCCAUCCCCGGGGCAGUGACCAGACACACGGAUCGCUCGUUUGGGAUGGAGCGGACAGAGAUUGUGUGUAGUAGCUGCGGGGGUCAUUUGGGUCAUGUCUUCAAGGGCGAGGGGUAUUCUACGCCAACAGAUGAGAGGCAUUGUGUGAACAGUAUUAGUUUGAAGUUUACAGAGGAUGAGGAGGCAGUGAAGUCGAAGGCUUGA